AUGAUUACUGGAUUGGACAGUAUCUUUAUGAUACUGUCAUCAGUAGAAUUCAUAAUUGGAAUAGUAGGGAAUAUGUUCAUUGCACUGGUAAACUGUUCAGAGUGGCUCAAGAACCGAAAGCUCUCUUUAUCUGACUGCAACCUCACCUGCUUGGCUAUCUCCAGAAUCAACCGUUUGUCUGUCUUUGAAUCCUUUGUCAUGGGACCAUAUCCACAACUAUACACAACUUAUAAGCUAGCAAAGUCUUCUAGUUUGCUUUGGAGACUGACUAGCCAUAUGACUAUCUGGCUGGCUACCUGUCUAAGGACUUUCUACCUCCUUAAGAUAGCUCACUUCUCACACUCCCUUUUCCUUUGGUUGAAGUGGAGAAUACACAGAGUGAUUCUUGUGAUUUUUGUGUUUUCUAUCUUCUUUCUGAUUAUUGACUUUCUGUUGUUAGAAACAUUUAAUGAUAUUUUCUGGCAAAAUCAAGUACUUGAUAAAAAUAACCUGAGUUUCCGUUCAGAAGAAAGACAGAAUUCCUAUGUGAGAUCUUUGAUUUUUCUCACCUUGACCAAUUGUGUUCCUAUUGCUCUGUCCUUGACCUCACUGCUCCUUUUAUUUCUGUCCUUGGAGAGACACACCAAAAAUCUUCAGCUCAAUUCCAUGAGCUCCAGGGACAUCAGCAUAUUGGCCUACAAAAGGGCCAUAAAUAUGGUGAUGUAUUUCCUUUUCCUCUUCAUAGUUAAUUUCAUUUCCAUACAGUUGGCAAAUUGGAUUUUUCUUAUGUUUUGGAAAAGCACAUUUACAAAAUUUAUCCUGCUGGCAGUAUAUAUCUUUCCCUCCAGCCACUCAUAUAUUUUAAUUCUAGGAAACAUCAAACUAAGGCAGAUAGCUUUGAAAGUUUUAAAAAAUAUAUAUCUUAAAAGUAUCUUGAUCAGGAAAUUCAUUGGCUUUAUGUAUAGUUGAAUUUUUAAGACUUUUUUUUUUUAACCAGAGCACUCACUGUUCAGUUCUGGCUUAUAGUGGUGCAGGGGAUUGAACCUGGGACUCUGGAGCCUCAGGCAUGAAAGUCUGCUUGCAUAACCAUUAUGCUAUCUACCUUCUGCCCAAGAAUCUUUUUAAAGAUAAAAACUUAAUAAGGUGACUUUGAGGACCAGUUUUUUUUUUACCUCCAUUUUUUUCUCAUAUAUUUUAAAGUAUUAUUGAACGUCACUGAAAUUUUCCUUAGGAAUGCUCCUUUUUGGUGAUAAUUCACACAUAAUGAUGUCAGACAACAUAAUUACAAACAUAGUCAUUGUUUAAAACAUUAAUUGUCUUUUUAAAUCUUAAAUAUUCUUUCAAAGAGAAUCUAAUUUUUUUAAUUUUAUAUGCAAUUGAAGGGUGUAAUUGCAAUUCACGUGGGGGAAAAGCAUGUUGCUUUUGCAGAAAUUGAGAUAAAUUACCAAAGUGACAAGAUGGAUGACCUAUAAAAUGUCAGUAGAAAAGUGGAGUAACUAAAGUUUUAAGUGGAAAACAUGACUUCAUAGCUUUACAAUCAAAGAUUUUUUUUUUUUGAAUGAUAGAGCAUUGCAUGAUUGUCAUUGAAGGUCUUGUUCAUAACAAGGGAAUGAGAUGUUUUAGAAUGACUAUUAUUCACAGUGCA